CCGGGAGAUAUUGGUUGAUAUGUAUGUAUUAUUUCAUGAUUUAUCGAUAACUAAAUACAUGGGAUUUUAGGAGGCUCCUAAUUCCACCUGGGCAACCCCACAUAACACCCCACUACGUUAACGUUAAACCUUAACAUUAGGUAAAUCUACAUAGUAUAAUACAGUACGCUUAUGUUGCUUGUGACGUCUUACACGGUUCAAUAAUGUAAAUAACACAGAACUAAAACAAUCUUUGGAACAACACCUUGGUCAGUGUCAGUAGCGAUGGGAGAGAUAACUAAACACACCAAAAUCAUUUAUUAUUGAAACUCACCUCUCAUAUUAGAAAUGGAAUCGGCUUCUUGCAGCGGGUACAUAUCUCAUCUCACUACUAGAAAAUCUCAGACUUACUCUUAAGACGCGCCAAAUCGUAAAGAAAAUGUCCAUCCUAGCGAAGCCCAUCCCCCCAUUAUAUACCGUAUAUAUCCUACGAUCGACCAUCCGCAAAAGCUCAUUAUAUAUUGGUUCAACACCUAAUCCACCUCGACGGCUUAAACAACACAACGGCGUAGUCAAAGGUGGCGCCGCACGCACAUCAAGAAACAAGUUGAGGCCAUGGGAGAUGGUUGGCCUUGUAUCAGGCUUCCCUGGAAUGGUAACCGCUUUAAAAUUUGAAUGGGCCCUCAACAAUCCCCACAUGUCACUGCAUAUUCCAUCCACAUCUCGGAUUACCACCGCAGCGGGUAGGAAACGAAACGGCCGUCCUAGACGCCCUCGGCAUAACCUGACAUCUAUACUAUCGAACCUACAUCUUCUCCUUCGGGUCCCUAGUUUCGCAAGAUUGCCUUUAAAUGUCCACUUCUUUGUACUCGAGGCUUACGAAGUGUGGCAAGAAUGGUGCAAUACCGUAGAUGAACCUCUCCGGGAUACCAUUGGGGUGCUAACUGAUUUCGAGACGAUGGGCACAAGUCCGGGAGAUGGUGAAAGUGCCGAUACCAAGGACGAGCCAGAGCAGCCUCGGGGUAUUCAUGCUCUCCCGCUUGACUACGCUCCGAUGAAGGAUUAUGUGACCAAGACAAAGUCGAUCUACAACUUUGAGAGAGAAGGUAAUUGCAUAAUAUGUCAGGAACACCUUGAUCCUGGAAAGGGCCUCUAUGCAACAUGUUCAAACAUAGAUUGCGAGGGCACGGGGCAUCUAACAUGCUGGAGCAAACAUAUGCUUGAAAAGGAGGCCGGUGAAAACAUCAUACCUAUAUCUGGACACUGUCCAGAAUGCAAAGGUGAAGUAGCAUGGGGUGAUCUCAUGAAGGAGAUGAGUUUAAGAAUAAGAGGGUCAAAAGAGGUCGAGAAGUUGCUUAAGAAACCUAGAAAACGAAAAGCGCGAGCCGAGUCGGAAAUAUAAGCCUAUAGUUUUUUUUGAUUAGUUAGAAAGACUUCAUUGGGUUUCUCAAUUCUUAUAGCAAGGUGCUUAAUGUAGUAUAAUUACGUAUGCCAGGUAGGUGAUAGGUAGGUACCUACCUGGAUCUAGGGUAAAACUCCGACUUCGUAUUUCCUAUCUCUUUUCAUUUAUUUACCAAGUGGCUAAAAAUAUUAUUGAUGCAUAUCAUAUACCUGAUGUAACAAGUUUGAGUGCGUGCGUACGACAUGAACAAGGUAAUGAAUAGAUAACCUCUCCCCGAUGGGUAUCGAUGUCAUGUCGAGGCAUGCUAUCCCCCGCAAAAAAAAAAAAAAAAAAAAAAAAAAAAAAGCAGACCCCCCUUUUACCCUUUUUAUAGUGACGAG